AUGUGCGGGAGAAUCGGUGAGAGGUGUCCGUGGGGUAGGGGGGCGUGUGAGAAGGAGGUAAAGGGGGGGAAGCUGAUGGGGCUGGCGCAGGGAACGCGUUUGGCAUUGGUGAUGGUGGGAAGGGGUACGGCUAACAAGCUGGAUAUCGCCAAGGUGAGAGUCAGUGAUGGGUGGGGGCAGGUGGAAAUGUGGAUAUCGCCACGCUCCGCACCUGCUUCUCCCACACCGACUGCUGCUCCACGGAGUUCUCCAGGGAACAGCGCACUCUUCCCUGCUACAGCAGCACGGCAGAGGCUGCAGGCGAAGCUGGGCGGGGCUGCUGGUUGCCCCGUGGCAGUUUUUGAAGGCGGACGAGCAGAGGGAGGAGGGGGGCCUCCCCCCCUCCGGUUCAACUUCAACGUCCCCAUCCCCGUUGCCAUCCGCCAGGUGUGCAUGGUGCAGCCAGCAGCAUUCAUCACUCUUCUCCAAUCCGCAUAUCCUGCAGCCACAGGGCACUCAGCCACAGGGCACUCAGCCUCCCACAGGGCACUAACCACAUUCUCCCCUCCCCACCUUCCCCAUUCCCGUCACCCACCGCCUCUCUCUCUCGAUCACCUCACUGCCACUUCCCUCGUGCCCCUCCUGGGCUGUCCCACCGGCCUCUCCCUCUGCCCCCCCUUCUUAUUAGGUGUGCAUGGUGCAGCCAGUAGCAUCCAUCUCCGCUGGCCUCUCUUGCCGCUCUCGCUCCCUCCUCGCCUGCAUCGCCACCACUGUCACUCUCUCUGGCAUCAGUCUCGGCCCCUGUGGCAUUGGAAGCCGCCCCACAAUGCUGCUGUAGGAGUUGUCAGUGAUUGCUUCUCCACACCCUCCCCUCUUCCCACAUUCCCUCUCCCCCCAUUUCCCUUUCCCCCCUUUCCCUCUCCCCCUAUUCCCUCCCCAUCCCUUCCCUCUCUCCAUCCCUUUCCUCUCUCCAUCCCUUCCCUCUCUCCAUCCCUUCACUCUCUCCAUCCCUUCCCUCUCUCCAUCCCUUCCCUCUCUCCAUCCCUUCCCUCUCUCCAUCCCUUCCCUCUAACCCACUUCCCUCUCCCCCCUUUCCCUCUUCGGCUCUUUCCCUCUCCCGCCUUCCCUCUCCUGUCCUUAUGGAGCAUGAAGGUGGAGAGGCGUGACAGGGAAGAAGCACGCGAUUUUUCGGUUGUCCUUACCUCAGCAUGA